AUGGCCUCCGCUCUCCUGUCCACCGCCUUCAAGGCCGGUCGCUUCAACUUGGCUCGCCAGGCUGUUCGUCCUCUUGCCACUGUCGCUGCUACCCAAAUUGCUUCCGCCACCCGCAUCACUUCCCUCAAGAACGGUUUGACCAUCGCCACCGAGACUAACCCCUCGGCCCAGACUGCCACCGUCGGUGUCUUCAUUGAUGCCGGUUCCCGUGCUGAGAACGCCAAGAACAACGGCGCUGCUCACUUUUUGGAGCACAUGGCCUUCAAGGGCACCAACACUCGCGGUCAGCACGACCUUGAGAUCCAGAUUGAGAACAUGGGUGCUCACUUGAACGCCUACACUUCCCGCGAGCAGACCGUCUACUACGCCAAGUCCUUCAAGGCCGAUAUCCCCAAGUCCGUUGAGGUCCUCUCUGAUAUUCUCCAGAACUCCACCUUGGAUAACGCUGCCAUUGAGCGCGAGCGUGAUGUCAUCCUCCGCGAGCAGCAGGAGGUUGACAAGCAGAUGGAGGAGGUUGUCUUUGACCACCUUCACGCCACCGCCUUCCAGGGUGACGCCCUCGGUCGCACCAUCUUGGGACCCAAGGAGAACAUCAAGUCCUUGACCCGUGAUGACCUCGCUAACUACAUCAAGACCAACUACACCGCUGACCGCAUGGUCCUUGUCGGUGCUGGUGGUGUUGACCACGACGAGUUGGUCAAGUUGGCUGAGCAGCACUUCGGCAAGCUUCCCGUCUCCGCCAACCCCGCUGGUUUGGGCAAGACCUACGCUUCCGCCCCCAACUUCACUGGAUCCGAUAUUCGUCUCCAGGACGAUACCAUGACCCAGGCCCACAUUGCCAUCGCUGUUGAGGGCUGCGGCUGGAACUCCCCCGACUACUACACCAUGCUCGUCAUGCAGUCCAUCAUCGGCACCUGGGACCGCUCCCUCGGUGCUUCUGCCCACACCUCCUCCAGAUUGUCGAGCAUUGUUCACCAGAACAAGUUGGCCAACUCGUUCAUGUCGUUCAACACCUCGUACACCGACACUGGUCUCUUCGGUAUCUACUUCAUCACCGAGAACAACGACUGCCAGGAUGAUUUGAUCCACUUUGCCCAGAAGGAGUGGGCCCGUUUGACCACCUCUGUCACCACUGCCGAGGUUGAGCGUGCCAAGCAGCAGCUCAAGUCUUCGCUCCUCUUGAGCUUGGACGGCACCACCGCCAUUGCCGAGGAUAUCGGACGCCAGAUGGUUACUCAGGGCAAGCGCAUUGCUCCCCAGGAGGUUGAGAAGGCUAUCAACAAGAUCACUGCCGCUGAUGUUCACCGUGUCGCUGGCCAGUACCUUUGGGAUCGCGAGGUUGCCAUGGUCGGUAUUGGCCCCAUCGAGUGCAUGCCCGAUUACUCCCGUGUUCGCGGCCACAUGUCCUGGAACAGAUUCUAA